UGAACAUUCUUCACCACGCCGAUCUCGUAGACGAAAGUCGUAAGCAAAGAGGAUGAAGCGGGCGCCUCCUGUCGUGCCACUCUUGUCCCCGUACUGCGACGAACUUGGAAGUCAAUAUUGGGAACUGUAAUUCAGAUUCAUAGGAGUUCAUAGGGUGCAUCCGACCCCUUAUCUGUUACACAUCGAGGGCUGUUGGUGAACGUAUGUGAAUGUAUCAAUCCGAGGGCCUUUCCCCUCUCGGACAUGGUAUAUCACAUUGACACGAGGAUCCGAGGUGCGUGUACGACGCAUGCUAUACUUGUUUCCUGACAGGACCGCUAAGCACAAUCCCGCAGAUUCAGUUGUUCACUUUCACUCUUGGUGCACUUGCGAUUAUCCAUAGGUUAAAGCCUACCUGUAUUCCUUCUGGUACGCUUUGCUGCACGAGAUGGAGCCAACCAACGAGGAUAUUGAAGCGCAAAUUGAGCUACAUCGUGCUGCUAUUGAGGGUCUGACGAAGGCCUACGAAGAGGCCGUCCAAGCACAUCACUGCGCCAUCGCCAUUCAACGCCGGUUACUUAACUCACGACUUCCGGUCGCCAGACUACUCCCUGAGCUUCUUGCAGAGGUGUUCUACCAUCAUGUCACGGCCGUCUGGCAUCGUGAUGAGCCGGAUGCUUGCUUCAAGAUAAGCCACGUUUGCCAUUAUUGGCGAUCUCUGAUGUUGCAGCUCCCAACAUUGUGGAAGUACGCCACGUUUCCCAUGUCCCAGCUAGUGCCGACGAUGCUGGCUCGCUCUCAGCGAGUGCCUUUAGAGAUGGUAGUCAAACGCAUGAAAGCCUCGGCGGACCUUCCAACCUUUAGAGAAAUGAUGAAGGCGAAUUCUCAUCGCAUUCGCCAUCUCGAGAUGCAUUUGACAUGUGCAGAGAUAGACACGCUUACAGACUUCAAGUUCACCUCACUUUCGCUGCUUCGUCAUCUUCGCCUGACAGCAAAGGACCAGGCAGACUCCAACGACCAACUGGAGCUUCCAUCCAUGUUUAAUACACUCAACCAUCAGUUGCACCUAGAAUCUCUGACUCUCGAAGGGUUUCACAAACCGUGGUCAAGUCCAAUUUUCUGUGCAUCACUUAGGCACCUCUUCAUUGUCAAACCAUUCGAGGCUGCCGAAGGUAUCGAGGAUCUCAACCUCCUGAUGGACGUGCUCGCGAACCUCCCUUCCCUUCAGACGUUGUCGAUUAACAAUGCUUUACCACGCUUAUUCCUGCGUCAAAUCGAAGCCCCUCAUAGCGUUCAUAGUGUCAAGUUUCCCAACUUGACACGUUUGACAGUCGAGGAUGACAUCCUGGAACUUGCCGAAUUCCUGGCUCACGUCUCUAUUCCCUCAUCCGCAGAUAUCAAGGUCGGGUUCGAAGGCAAGGAAGUUUACUGGAAAGGUCUUCCGAGCCUCGCAAUCUCCAUGAGCCAAUUCCUUGUUCCGACUGAAGAUCGGCCAUCAUUUCUCACAUCCUUCGUUGUUCGUACGAUCCGCAAAGAUGACAAACUCAACGUAUACAUGGACGGUUACGACAAGCCAAUACGCAUGUCAAGUGCUGAAAUUUCCUCCGAUAGUCCGCCUCGAAUCACGCUCGGUCCUAUCCCGCUAGGAAAAGGUAUCACAACAGAGGACGUAUUUGGCGAUUUCUUCGCCGGUCUACCUCUCAUGCAUAUUCGUCACUUAUCUGUUGACGACCUCUUGGGCAUGAACGGUUCGGGCGUCCUGUGGGAUCAGGUUGCUAAAAACCUACCCAAUCUGCAAGUUCUACGCUUAUGCGGUAAAUCCAUUACUGUUUUGCCCAGGCUCCUCGUGCAAAGCCAGCCUCCACAAGAUAGCAAACCGGAAGGCGGGUCGGAGAUGAAGGAAGUCCCACCACCUUCUCCUACGCAGGUUCCAUUGCUACUUCCACGUUUGCAGAGCCUCGUCCUGGAUUGUAGUAGUAGUGGCGACGUUGACGACGAUGUCCGUGAGGAGCUUUGCAAAUCCUUCAGAGCGAGAAGGGCUGCCUUCACGGACUCUUCAUUCGCUUUCUCGAAUCUCACGUUGCUGAAACAGAAGGAUUCCACACUAAGUGACGGUGAUCGUGGGCUCUUACAAGCGGUUGAGGAGAUGUGCUCUCAAGGAGGACGUUAUUCAUGUCUACCGCCGGACCCGGACGUUCCAAUGAAAGACGAUACGGGCGCACAGGUGUCUGGUGCAGGGGCAUUGGCAGACCCUCAGAUGUUCUCUUUUGACUUUUCGCAACAUUGACGUGUAUACAGUAUUUAGAAUGCGAUGGUAGAUAUAAAUGUAUUUUUUAGUAAAGUUUCUUGGGCAGUCUUUUCGUUCACUCAUCAUGUACUUACUUUGGAGUUUCCCCCUUGGAUGACUGUAAUUUAGUUGUAUUAUCACAUAGCGAAUGUGUCUUUGUUUUGUGGUGACUUCCCUACCUGACAGCUCUCAACUUCAAGAGUCAAUAUGACGGAAGACUGUACAUGAC